AUGAAAAACAAAGACAGCUCAGCAGAAGAGAUUGAGGAUGCGGGUUCCCAUCCACUUAAGGUCAUAGGUUUGAUCAAUGACGGAGACGCUGAUCGUGUUCCACAGUGGACGAAGGAGGAGGAAAAAAAGCUUGUACGAACAAUUGACUGGCGCGUGUUCCCAAUGCUAUGCACCAUCUUCGGACUCUCGCUAUUAGACCGUACAAACAUAUCCUCCGCUUACAUUGCCGGCCUCGGAGCGGAUAUUCAGCUUUCACAAGGGAUAUGGCUUAUUCGAAAUCCCAUCGAACCUCGUCAUCCGCCGUAUUGGUGCCAGGGUGUGGCUGAGCUUCCUGAUUGUAUCAUGGGGCGCUUGUGUCCUCGGGAUGGGCUUUUCUUCCCCGGUGCAGUCUUCAUCAUCGGAUCCUGGUACCGGCAGUAUGAGACGGCCACGAGGGUCUCACUGUUCUAUAUGGCCGCGCUGAUUGCAUCUGGAUUCGGACCGAUCCUGGCCUACGUGUUCUCUUUGAUUCGAGUUGGGGAUGGAAUAUACACACAGGGUUGGCGGUGGAUCUUUAUCAUCGAGGGAAUUGCGACCAUUGUGGCCGGGAUUGCAGCCGCGUUUUUUCUCGUGGAGUUUCCCGAUAGAGCAAGCUGGUUGACGCCCCGACAAAAACAGAUUGCAAUCGCUCGACUAUCCGUUGAUAAGUCGGAGAAAGAGUACAAACACCCCAGCUUUAAGGAGGCGAUGGUGAUGAUAUGGGAUUGGAAGAUUAUCAUCUUUUCAAUCCAGUACUUCAUCGCCGCCUCAAGUGUCUACUCAAUUGCCUACUUCAAAACCAUCAUUCUCCGAGAAGGAAUGGGCUUCAGCUACGCCCUAUCUCAAAUACUCUCGUCACCGCCAUAUGUCUUCGCCGUAAUAAUGUCGCUGGUUAUGGCCUGGCUGUCAGAUAAGUAUAAAAUCCGCUGGGCUAUCCUGGUGACCCAAUCGCUUUCCGCGGUCGUUGGGCUCCUCAUCACGCUCUACAGCGGACCACCAGGCGUUCGUUACUUCGGUCUAUUCAUCGCCGUGUUCGGAACACAGGCGAAUAUACCAGGGACGCUAUCAUAUGGGCAAAGCCAGAUCCCAACUGUGGAGAAACGCGGUGUUAUCGCGGCCGCAAUGAUAUCUGUAGGUGCUGCAGGGGGAAUUGCGGGGUCCACUAUUUUUCGGACGCAGGAUGCGCCGAGAUAUCUCCCUGGCAUGUGGGCUACAAUUGCGAUGCAAAUGCUAUAUACCGUUGUGACAUUGGUCUUUUCGUUUUACCUCAGGCGACAGAACCGCCUUGUGGACGAAGGGAAGCGAGGUGACUUGGAGGGCGUGUCAGGGUUUCGAUAUGCCCCUUGA